GAUUGGAUGUGCGUGCGCCGUUUAGGUCGGCCAGUGUCGCUGGCGCUUUAGUAGUGGGGAGUCAAUUAUGAGUCAGUCAGCAGUAGAAACAGCGAUUGGCGAUGGUAAAUGCAAAGUAGCCGGAGAUUAUUUUUGAAAAAUCGGUCAAAUCAAAACAAGCAACUGGUACCACUUGGUACCACUUGGUACAACUGUCAUCUGUCACAGGACUCUGGGGAGUCAGCGGAGGGAGUGAAAACAAAACAAGUUUUUUGUGUUUUCGGAGCAAGGAUCUGCGAGUCCUGAAACACAGGGAUAUCCGCCGGUGUCUGGUCGGUGCCGUAGUAUGUCGCUGCACGGCAGUGAUUCUUCAUCCGAGAUGGCCAUACCUCCGAUCAACUUCUCUGACGACAAAUAUCCCUUUUGCAUCGUCUGGACACCGAUACCGGUGUUGACUUGGUUUUUUCCCUUUAUCGGCCACAUGGGCAUCGCAAUGUCCAACGGGGUGAUACGUGACUUUGCCGGGCCGUACUUUGUAUCGGAGGAUAAUAUGGGAUUCGGACGACCGACCCGGUACCUGCAGCUGCACCCCAUGCACGCGCUGGGAGGAACGCAAAAGUGGGACGAGUCGGUGAUUAAAGCUUCGACCACUUACGGUGCCCGGAUGCACAACCUGUUCUGCGACAAUUGCCACUCGCACGUCGGACUGGCGCUGUCGCUGAUGCGCUACAAAGAGUACACCAGCUGGAAUAUGGUGGUGCUGGCGUUCUGGAUGUUCUUCAAGGGGCGUUACGUGGGGGUUCGUGGUUUUCUCAAAACCUGGACCCCCUUCAUCGUCAUCCUCAUCAUCUGUGGGCUGGUGGCGAUGUACUCGCGGUGGACGCUCUAUUGAACGGAUCACAACACUUUCCUGAUACCUUCCCUCUUCCCCUCGGAAUGGCUAUGGCAUAGUUUGUAAGGGAUAGGGUGGCCCCUCCAAAAGGCUGAUGUUCCAGUGGAUGCACCUCGAAUGCAUCUUGACGCAGCAGCAGGCAGCACACGACUAAAUGUAACCCCCAACAAUACACACAAUUUUACUGUAGCCCACGCGCCUAGUGUCGCGUCGGGCAAAGAAUGUAUUAAUUUAUUAUAACAAAAGAAAAGGAA